CUUCCGCCUCACUGACGAAAACAUGCCGAAAGAACUAACAAAGCUUAAACCAUUUAAAGUACGGAGAGCUGGAGAGGCUAAAAAAGUCGGUGUAGCGGCGUCUACACUUAAAGAGCUCACAAAGAAAGCAUGCGGUUUAUUUCAGGUGCCUGUGUCGAAAGUCCAGUGCUGUUUGUAUGAGGACGGAACGAUAGUGACAGAAGAUUAUUUUCUACAUCUUCCUGAUAACACUGAGUUAGUUCUACUUCCGGAUGGACAGAGCUGGAACGGAAUGAUGUAUGAUCUCGGCCAAAUCCUUGGGCUGGACCGACACUCGGAAGAGCUGAUCACCGCCGCACAACAGCUACUGACCGAUGAGCAUUCAGCUAAAAGGAGAAAAAUCCUCAGUGAACUUCUGUGCAAUCUGAAAGAUAACGCAGAGCUGGAGAAUAGGGAAGAAGAUGUGGACUGGUUUGAAGGGAUUGACACAAGAUUUAAAACCAAGUCAUCAUACAUGAAGCACAACUGUGAGCAAAGGAUACGGUCAUACUUGAAAGAGGUGGACAGCUAUGCUCGCACUAUUCCAAACAAUAAGCAGAAAGGUGAAUAUCAAAAGGUGGCAGCCAGCAUGGCAGAAAAGCUGAAAUCCAUGCGCUAUCAUGGCAGUUACUUUGACAGAACAGAAAAAGAGCUUAAUCGUCUAUGCACUAAAGAGGGCUGGUUCUCCUGUCAGGGAGCUUUUAAUCUGGACGAAUGUGGAUUUCUGCACUCAAUAAACCCGUAUGGUAACCGUGAGAGUAGAAUCCUUUUUAGCACCUGGAAUCUGGACCACCAGAUCGAGAAGAAGAGGACCAUCAUACCCACACUUGUCAAUGCACUUCAAAGUAAAAAGAGCAAUGAGAUAAACCUGGACUAUUUCUACAACCUGCUAUUCACAAGAGAAAAUCUCAAGCUGGUUCAUAUCGUCUGCCACAAGAAAGGAGCUCAUGACUUAACGUGUGAUUCACGUAAAAUAUACAGACGGCUUAAAAGGAAGUGAAGCCAGAGGCUGAAGCCCAGCUUAAAGGGAAGUGAAGCCGACAGAGCCCAGAGUUGGCAUAGAUAACUCAGGAAAAGAGUGACUUUUUUUUUCUAUCCAAAAGUGUUUAUUUUUAUAUUUCCUCAGUUGAUCUUGUUUGAAGAAAAUAAUAAUAAUAAUAAUAAUGUACAGUUUUUAUAUUUAAAUUUGAAGUAAUUUUAUGCAUGAUAAUGGUCUUAAGUUUCUGGGAAGUAUUUGUCAAUUUAACAUAAUAUAAAAUCACUUUUUUUUUCAAAUUUUCUUUUGAUUACUAAUCUAGUUCUAUGAAUUUUGUUUUCUACAUUAGCUGGCACAACACUAUAUUUUUACUGACAUUUUAUAAUGAAACCGAAAAGUUAUGGUUCUUCUUUCACC